UUUUGUAAUGGCAGAAAACCAAGAAGAAGGGGGCAAAAUCAUAUGGAAGAGGGGUAGAACAUUAGGGAAGGGAGGAUUUGCUUUUGUUUCAUUGGCUUCUACUGAGCCUCAUUCUGAUGCUGAUCCUCUCAUUCCAUCUUUAAUUGCUGUGAAAUCUUGCAUCUUCAGUCGCUCUCACUCUCUUCAAGAAGAAACCGAAUUCCUAAGAAUGUGUGAAGAUUGUCCUCAAGUUAUUCCAUGUUACGGAGUUAAAGUCACCCAAGAAGAUGACAUACUUCUUUACAACUUGCUUCUUGAAUAUGCCUCCGCUGGAAGUCUAGCUGAUCGUCUUUUGAAUAAUCAUGAUGAACUAGGCUUGCCUGAAUUUCAAGUUCGAAAACACACCAAGAAUGUACUUUUAGGCCUCAGUUUCAUUCACGGAAAAGGGAUCAUUCAUUGCGACAUAAAGCCUCACAACAUUCUUCUUACGUCUGAUGAUGAUGAUGAUGAUACGGAGGAGGUGGCAAAGAUCGCGGAUUUUGGGCUUUCCCUAACUUUGGAACAGAGCUGUACGCAGAAGCAGGGGCUCAGAGGAACUAAAAGGUACAUGGCACCUGAAUCCCUACUUAACCAGGAGUACGGUCCAAAAGCUGAUAUUUGGGCUCUUGGAUGCAUGGUUUACGAGCUGAUCACUGGGACACCCCUAUGGGAAUCAUCCAAUUCAGAUCCAAAGUUUGAUGAUGUGUUGCACCGGAUUAAGUAUGAGGAACCAAAUUUGGAGAAUGACAAACUGUCUACAGAUGCAAAAGAUUUCUUGAGAAAUUGUCUGGUGAAGAAUCCAAACACGCGGUGGACUGCAGACAUGCUCUUGAAUCACUCUUUUCUGAAAUCAGCCGAAAAUGUUCAGCCUGCAAAGAAGAGGAAGUGGCAACGUGGUUACAUGUCCAGUUUACGCAGGACACACCAAAAGAGAGCAUUCAGGACACAGCCACACAUUCGUGAUUUGGUUAUACAACAUUGAUGCAGAGUCUGAAUAUAGAACAAUUGACACUGUAUUAUAGUUUAUG